AUGAAGACCAGCACUUUCGCCGUCGCCCUUCUGGGUCUUUUCCCCGCCGUCUUCGCCGAGACUCUCGCGCCUUCUCCCACUGAGUCUACCGGCUGUGAACCUCACGGUGAUCACUGGCACUGCGAGGCUGCUCGUACCGCUGAGGAGUCUCACGCUGCUGGUGCGACUGAGUCGCUUGCUCCUUCGCCUACUGAGUCCACUGGCUGUGAGCCUCAUGGCGACCACUGGCACUGCGAGGGCGCAAAGUCUACGCUUGCUACCGAGGCUAAGGCUACCACCGAGGCCGAGCACGACCAUGACCACGAUGAGGAUGACCACGAUCACACUGGUACCGAGUCGCUUGCUCCCUCUCCUACUGAGUCCACCGGCUGUGAGCCUCAUGGUGACCACUGGCACUGCGAAGCUGCCAAGACUGGUGCUGAGGCAAAGGCUACCGACGAUGACCAUGAGCACUCUCACGCUUCUGGCGCAACCGAGUCUCUCUCCCCUUCACCCACCGAGUCCGUCGGCUGUGAACCCCACGGCGACCACUGGCACUGCGACGGUCCCGCCACCGCUGCUGCUACUCCCACCGAGAGCGACGCUGCCGCUAUCACCGACAGCGGUGUCGGCGCCCAGAUCAUUCCUUUCGCAGGAAUGGUCGCUGCUGCUGUCCUGGCUCUGUAA